UCCUAUAAUUUCGCCGUCAGAAGACAAAAUUCACUUAUCUUUCUUUCUCUCUCAAACUCAACGGAAAUCUGAGACCCCAACAACGUUCAGAAGCCCAAACUCCGACUACUAACCAAAAAGAACACAGCUGCUUACCACCACUACUCUCUCUCUCUCUCUCUCUCUCUCUCUAAUCCAUAAAGGAGAUCUAACUAGCAGCAAAAGUGACUUCCUUUAUGAAUCCGAAACCAGGUCGAUGGGCGGAGUCACGUCGUCGAUCGCCGCUAAGUUCGCCUUCUUCCCCCCAAACCCUCCGUCUUACACGCUGACCGCCGACGAUUCCUCCGCUGGCAAACUUCACAUCUCUGAGGCUCCCAGAAGAGAAGGCGUGGAUGUUUUGAAGCUCCGGACUCGACGCGGCAAUGAAAUCGUGGCCGCACAUAUCAAGCACCCCAAAGCAACGGCCACGCUGCUCUAUUCCCAUGGUAAUGCCGCCGAUUUGGGCCAGAUGUUCGAGCUCUUUGUCGAAUUGAGCCUUCGUCUUCGGAUCAAUCUCAUGGGGAUUAGGGAAGUGAUUAUCAAAGCAAUGCUGAAGCAGUUUAAACCAGUAUUUUAUCAUGGAAUACCUUCUCACUUGGAUAUGUUGGUAAAACUGAAACCUCCUUUGUGGUAG